UAGCGCGAUGACGUAUCGGCGCAGGCGCACUGUGUCGGCGACGCCGAGGCGCUUCUGCAUCUGUGGGCUGAGCAUUCUUGAGGUCAUCUGAACCUUCUGACUGAGAAAACAUGGUCAACGUCUUGAAAGGAGUGCUUAUAGAAUGUGAUCCUGCCAUGAAGCAGUUUCUGCUGUACUUGGAUGAGUCCAAUGCCCUGGGGAAGAAGUUUAUCAUUCAAGACAUUGAUGACACUCACGUCUUUGUAAUAGCAGAAUUGGUUAAUGUCCUCCAGGAGCGAGUGGGUGAAUUAAUGGACCAAAAUGCUUUUUCCCUUACCCAGAAAUGAAAAUACUCAAUAUGGACCAUUUAAGAAUUAUAAGCAGCAAAUAUGAAAGACUUGCCACUUGAUAGGUGACUGAUUAGACAUAGAGGGUUGUUGUAGCAGCAUGCCACGGGAAAGACCAAGGGAUCAUGAUCAUUUGUUCAGAAAAAAAAAACCCUGAACUGAUUUUGUUAUACUAUAGAAUUAAAAAAAAAAAAAGCCUUUAACAGUUGGCUGUAAUUUGUCUUUUAUUAUCCUUUAUUAAAAUACAAAUGUCAA